AUGGUCAAAGACAUGAGUGCAAAAAUGGAUGAACCAGAAGAAGUUGUUAAUAUUCCACUACGUCACCCAUCCAGACUCCACUACGUCACCCAUCCAGACUCUACUACGUCACCCAUCCAGACUCCACUACGUCACCCAUCCAGACUCCACUACGUCACCCAUCCACUACGUCACCCAUCCAGACUCCCUCGUCCCCACCCAGACUCCUCGUCCCCACCCAGACUCCACUCGUCACCACCCAGACUCCACCUCGUCCCCACCCAGACUCCCUCGUCACCCAUCCAGACUCCUCGUCCCCAUCCAGACUCCACCUCGUCACCCAUCCAGACUCCACCUCGUCUCACCCAUCCAGACUCCACCUCGUCACCCAUCCAGACUCCCACGUCACCCAUCCAGAUUCCACUACGUCACCCAUCCAGACUCCACUACGUCACCCAUCCAGACUCCACUACGUCACCCACCCAGACUCCACUACGUCACCCACCCAGACUCCACUACGUCACCCACCCAGACUCCACUACGUCACCCACCCAGACUCCACUACGUCACCCACCCAGACUCCACUCGUCACCCACCCAGACUCCCACGUCACCCCCAGACUCCACCACGCCACCCACCCAGACUCCACACGUCCACCCACCCAGACUCCACCACGUCACCCACCCAGACUCACCACGUCACCCACCCAGACUCCACCACGCCACCCACCCAGACUCCACCACGCCACCCACCCAGACUCCUCGUCACCCACCCAGACUCCCCUCGUCACCCAUCCAGACUCCACCACGUCACCCAUCCAGACUCCACUACGUCACCCAUCCAGACUCCACUACGUCACCCAUCCAGACUCCACUACGUCACCCAUCCAGACUCCACUACAUCACCCACCCAGACUCCACUACGUCACCCAUCCAGAGUCCACUACUACAGAAUUUCCAGAUACCUCCUACCUAA